UGCUGCCAAGGCGCCGUACCUGGCCAAGUUCAAGGUGAAGCGCUGCGGGGUGAGCGAACUGGAGAGGGAGGGUCUCCGCUGCCCCUCGGACUCUCUGGAGGACGGAGAGGAGAAUCCAGACGGCUCACGCCGGGUCUGCUGGCAGGCCGCCAUCUUUAAAGUGGGAGACGACUGCAGACAGGAUAUGCUCGCUCUGCAGAUCAUUGGGCUCUUCAAGAAUAUUUUCCAGCUGGUGGGUUUGGAUCUGUUUGUGUUCCCCUACAGAGUGGUGGCCACGGCACCCGGGUGCGGCGUGAUCGAGUGCAUCCCAGACUGCAAAUCUCGAGACCAACUCGGCAGACAGACGGACUUCGGGAUGUACGAUUACUUCCGCAACCAGUACGGAGAUGAAUCCACCCUCGCCUUCCAGAAGGCUCGGUAUAACUUCAUCCGCAGCAUGGCCGCCUACAGCCUCCUGCUGUUCCUGCUGCAGAUCAAAGACCGACACAACGGAAACAUCAUGCUGGACAGCAAGGGCCACCUCAUCCACAUCG